UUCUUUUACAAAUCUCACUAGAGUUCGCUCUGAUCAUUUAGUAUCGUUCAGUUUUACCUUUAACUUAUUAAACAUGUCUGGUCGUGGAAAAGGAGGCAAAGUAAAGGGAAAGUCAAAGACUCGUUCAAGUCGUGCUGGUCUUCAGUUCCCGGUGGGACGUAUUCAUCGUAUGUUGCGUAAAGGCAAUUACGCAGAACGUGUCGGUGCUGGUGCCCCAGUUUACCUCGCUGCCGUUAUGGAAUACUUGGCUGCCGAAGUCUUGGAGUUGGCUGGUAACGCAGCUCGUGACAACAAAAAAACCAGGAUCAUCCCACGUCAUCUCCAAUUAGCCAUCCGUAACGAUGAAGAGUUGAACAAACUUCUCUCUGGAGUCACCAUCGCCCAAGGAGGUGUCCUACCCAACAUCCAGGCUGUUCUUUUGCCCAAGAAGACCGAAAAAAGCAGCUCAUAAAUUGAUAACUCUAUUCUAUAAAACAAAACGGCCCUUUUCAGG